AUGGACUUCGUCAACAUUAAGGACCAGGUUGAAUACCUCUUCCAUCACCUGUUUCUGCCUCCGAAGCUGCCAGGUGGUGAUGAUUCAAGUGUUUUGAAAACUAUCUUUCUGAUGGAAUUUGUCCAGCAGUCUCUACGACGCUUUGCCGACGUAUUGGUUGAGGAAGAUGCGGCGACCAUCCAGCCAGCAAUUUCCAUGCUGCGAGAAAUGCAAUUGACGACGGACGUCAAAGGCUUUCUGGAUCAAGAUGGCGUCGAGAGCGUCUUGAGAAGACUUUCUCGUGAGAACCCUGUCGCACUCUUUCAUGUUGUCGCACAGAAUGCAGGUCUGCUCAUUCGCAGAAUGGAAGAUUCGGUCUGCUUCGAAACCUUUGAGCUGUCGCCCACCAACGCAGCGGCCAUGGUCACCAAGGGACGCUUGGUUCGCCAGUUUCCCGACACCGCAACCAAGAUAUCCGACAAGGAGUUUGACAAUAAGGAGUUCCAGCAAGUCCUGGCCAACACACUUGUCAAGAUGUCUUACCAGAAAGUCGCUGAAGCCCAGCCAACGGCUAGAAAGUCUCGGGCGGACCACCACGAAGAGCGAGAAACUACAGAUCCAAUGAUAGUGAAUGAGCUUCUGACAAGCUUCCUCCGGGGUGUCGGAGUACAAGCCCACAUCAAUGGCAUCCGAAAGAACACGCGUGAGGAAACCAGCUACAACAGUAGCAAGCUUCCGUGGCGAAGAUCUCCAACCUGGCUGCUCAUCCGUGUGGGCCUGCAGCUCACAAUGACGCGCCUUACAGGUGGCUCGGACGAUACUUACAAACGCUUCAUGGUCUUCUUAAUGGCACAUGCUCUCAUCAAAGCAAAUGAAGCAUCUGCUUCGAGCGAGGUGCUCCACAUCAUGAUGACCAAGAUCUCUCAUCGCCUCUGCAAACUCAAAGAGCUUCGCGACGACGAAUGGCUUUCAACCGUCCAGGCUGUCGUGUCUGAGGCCUCAAAGAUCUUGGAUGUGAGAUGGGAACGAAUCCGGAGCUACUCCGAGCCGCAGCUGGAUAUCAACACGCUGGCCUCGUCGGAGACGCAAGACCGUUUUUUCUUUUCCCUUCCAGAUAUCGACAAUUUCAUUGCGUCUAUCCAACGCCGUGGUAGUAACGAUGACACCUCAACCUUCCGUCCGGUAGCCCACAUCAGACCCCUGGACGCCUAUAUCCUUCCGGAUGUCUGUAUCCCACAGGAUAGGUCGUACCUCUCCUUCAGCCUUGCAAUGGUAGAGUCUUGGGUCCAGACAAAUCUCGAUGAGUGGAUCACAAAGCAUAUUCAGGAGGAAACAGCCUGCGGGUCGCUCAAAGCUCUGCUUGAAAUCUAUCAUUCGAGAGCAAAAGACUUUUACUCGGGCCGUCCAGAAGGCGCAUCACAAAUGCUUCUAACCAUCGGCGAAAUCUGGGUAGGAGCCGACAGAUCCGCAUUGUACCACUACCCUCUGCUCAAAGAAUACGAUUCCGAGGUGCCCACCAUGAUCUGGCAAGCACUUCUGCUUCAGUCCAAGGUAGAUAUGGCAAGACUUCACCGUCUUGAGAGCUAUCUGGCGAGCCGCAACGGCGCAUCAAAUAGACCAUCUGUCUUUCGCUCUUUUGGCGUUAGUAUGUCAUUUCCUGUGCAAUAUUUCCAAUCUUCCUCAAUGCUUCAGACCAAGAAACAGAGGAUCGAGGAGAAGGCUGAGUUGCAUAAACAAGCCAAAAUCGAAGAGUUCUACCAACUCAAAACCAGAUACAAUGACUUGAUGCAACGGUAUAACUCCACACCUUGCAGGCAAGUUUAUGUAACUGAACUGGGUGUGACGUUUCCCACUCACGAUCCCCACUGCAAUCGCUGUUCUUUGAAGGAUCAGGCAAACAACCUUCAGAUAACGGUGCACGAGUGGCCGUUGCCCACCAAUAACCUCCAAGCCCAGGCAACAGUCUUUGAAUUGGGAAUCCCUCAGCCGUUCGCAGAGUGGCGGGAUGUUACUUAUUAUAUGAUCCAUGACGUGAUGUCUUUCAAGUCAUUUGGGCAACGCCCCAGUUUAUCUUACUCUUUGGACUCGUACAGCGGUCUUUCUGCCUGGUGCAACUCUUGGCCGAGUCGAGUGCACCUUCUAUCAGAGACAAAACCCCAUCUUCAAACCCAUCGAAGUAGAAAGUCCAUUGCGGUCAGUGGUGUGGCAGAUGUCCAUGUACAAAAUGGCCUCAACUAUCAUUACCACGAUCGUGACAAUAGCAGCUUCAUCUCUCCAUUUACCGAAUCAUUGGCGGUGUCCGACCUGUGCACUUAUAAACUUCCCGAUCGCGCCCAAGCCUUGACUCGAUUCCUCGUCCACACGUGGCUUCAGCCUAAUGGAGAGACUCCAAAUCAGGUGAUAGCAAGUCAACAUACAUGCCCCGACCAUAUGACAUUGGGAGAGUUCAAGGCUCUGGCUGUCUUACCGUACGGAUAUCGUCUGCAGUGGAUGAGCAUUUUGACCCAACUCGCAAUGCCCACCGUUGACUUCAACCAAGAAGAGACGGCCAUCUUCUUGCUUCAAAUGAGCCUACAGGCUGGCCCAAGCACUGUCUCGCAGAAUACCCGAGACACUCAUACGCGUCUCACCGGCCUGGAAUUUGGUCGUCAGUUGUUGAAGGGUCUCUCUGAUGCGGUGUCCAGGAUUGAAAAGAACUGGGAGUCCCACGCCGCUUUGUGUUCCUUUACACUUCUAACAACUAGGCUCCUGUCUCUGGCCAGUCUACAACUAUCCCAAGAUGUUUUAGGGCUCUUAGCCCAUUGUCGAGAUGUCUCGUAUCAGUGGCUGUUGACCUUGAACAAAAAGGUCCAAGACACGGCCGACGACAUGCAACGAAAGGAGCUUUUGGAGUCCGUCCUUGACAUUGCCAUGAUAUGUUUGCAGACAUUUCAUGUUGACGAUAAGCACUUGAUGCAAAUUCUCAUGGCCUCAGAACAGGCAUCUGUUUUCCUUGAGUGCUCCAUGGCCAUCUACAAUGCGACUCCUACCAAGAAUAAAUCCCAAAGCGCCCUACAACGUAUUAUGACAGACAGAACUCAAAAGACCCUGCAUCUCGCUUACUCAACCCUUGUCUAUGAAGUAGUAUUUCGGAGAAACGAAUGUCUUGACCUGGCGAUCAAGCGAAACUGGCCAGACUUCUCUCGCACAGCAGAUUGGUCCUUGGCCUCUGGUACAUGCUAUUGGCUCGAAACGAACUCUGGCCGAAGACAAGUUAACCUGAACGUCCUGACCGGCGAACUCCUGGUCAAUGGCGCCCCUUUGGCACGUCUGCCGCGUGAUUAUAGCAUCCACGAAGAUUACGGAAGACUCUUUGGAUCGAUGAUCUUGGAUGUCAUGCCCAGUGAUGCACCAGGCAUGCGAUUCAGCGCCACCAGAAAGCUUCUGGGCUAUACCGUUCACUUUGGUAUGCAAGGCCAGGACCUUCUGGUUCAUCUUCACAAAUCUAAAGCGGCUUUAGAUCUUGUUCCAUCUAGAAUGCUGAAAGGGAAAGUCCCUGACCAGUUAGCUGACAAUUUCGCUCAUUGGUACCAGCACGAAUCAAAGGGCAUCGAGUUCUGUGAACUGCAGGAUCACUGGGCUCCAAAUAAUCAGGAGAGCUGGAAGUUCAGGCAAGGUGAGGGCAAUUGGAAACUAAGCCUUGGAAAUGAUGUUUUCCUCGUUGCCCCCUCAAGCACGUUAGCCAAGCGUAUCGCAACGAUCCUCGACCCUCUUGAAGCACCACUGGGACUUCACUUGGUCUAUGAUGCUGUCAAGCAGGUUACCGAAAUUCGCAUUCCAAAACUGCGACUGGAAUUUCUUUACAAAUUGGGAGGUGUCUUGAUCCAUUCCCGGCAGUUCCGCGACAUGCACAUCGAUUCGGAUCAGUCUACAGGGACACUGGUGGGGUUGAAAAGUAAACUGGUAUUAUCCAGUAUCAUGGAACCAGCUCACAGGUCCGUCCUCAUUCCGGAAGGCGAGGUUCAAUAUGAGAUGAAGAUAUACGACCACUCCGACAAGCAUGCGGUGGUCAAAGUGGUUCAUGGCAGUGCGCGUCGUGUACAGGCUUACAAGCUCGAUGAUCUCCUCGGUCGACUUGUGGGCAGCACCAGAACGGAGAGCAGACUUUACCUCGCAUAUCUCCACGCACUUACAUCAUUCUGUCGUCCGGAUCCCUUCAUUGAACGAACAGGAACCGAAGAAGCUUUGGACAUCAUGGGAUCUGCGAUAGUCCGUGCUCCUAGCGUCUUGACUGAAACCUCGUACAGCAUCCUCGGCCGUAUCACCAGUCUAUCACCAACACGCUCCUUCUACCCAAAGAAUGAGAAACUGAUGCAGGUCACCAAGUGGUCUUCUAAGCUGAGCUGUAUGUCUCAGGAUGAUCGCUUCUACAAAGUUGUGCUCGAAAUCCUUGCGAGAUGUCGAGAAAUUUGUUUCCUUUAUCCCAAGCAUGAAGUGCCAGCCUCCCCAAAUCACUCUUACAUCCACCUGGUUGAACGAGCAAUCAACAGAGGUUCUACCGCACAUGUUUCUGGAUUCGGUGCCGAAGACUUCACGACUCAACAUGAUGUUAUAUAUACCCCAAGGACCCAGGGGAACCUAUCAGCCCGAUCACUCCGCGCUCAAGAGAUUGCCUUCCGGGUUUAUCAUAAUGAGUCUUGCAUGAUCGAGAAAGUUGGUCUUGAUUUCCCUGAGUCUUUGUAUCAGCGUCUUUCUGUGGCCCCCGUGGAGAACCCGCGACGAGUACCACCCAAGAGCACCAUGCAGUAUGACUCGAGAUGGCUCCAAGAGACGGAGACUUUUCUUUCUUCAAAUUGGUGUCAGAUCCACUAUGCUUUCCAGAAACAACGGCAAUGGCUAAACAGGUUCGAGCUGAUGGCCUGGAUAGCCACUAUGUCUUAUUCAAAACAUUUCAAUCCUAGAGUCGUCCAAGCCUUGUUGAUGAUGGCACAAUCUGAUUUAGUCUCAGCAGUACCAUUGCCAUCUGAUCUCUCAUUUGAUCUGCAGCAGGGAUACAGAGUCGUCCAACCCGAUGUCAACAGGGUAGCUCAAAGUGUAGGGCGACCCAUUGCAUCAUGUCCCGAAAGCUCUCUUCCAUCUCUGCCAGGUGAAACUUCACAAAAGCUACUGGCCAGACGAAGACGACAAUGCGAUCAAAAUAAAAGCCAUGCUGUCAAAUCCUUCAAUAGCCAACUGUGUAAACAGUGGCCUUGUGCAGUCCCCAGUAUGCCGCAAGGGAGUGAAGUGGAUACCUAUCUCAAAUGCAAAGAUGCCAUGAAGCAGCUCAUGCCCAAGUGGUCCUCGUGGUACAAGAACCUAAGGUUCAAGGAGUACCUUCAAGAAAUCUACUAUCGCCUAGACGAGGUGCCGAUUCAAGCUCUCAAGCUCCAGUCGCAACCUGAAAGGGUAACGGCGCCUUCACAGCACCGACCACUGGGAUUCAUAUCUACUGAUGAUUUAUUUCGCAACCCAAUUUCAGACGACAAUGUCUCUAUCUUACCAGUAGUGAAUGUCUCACUUCAAGAGGUCAACAAGGACCUCGGCACCGUGGAUAAAUUGACCGGCAUCAUUGAUGACCUCGAAUUUCAAGCGAAAUUACCUUACCAAUACCGCUAUCUGAACGAGCUGCGCCAGAGUGUCUCAAGUUUAACCGAGCGUGCUGAGAACGAGCUUGAAAUCAUUCAGAGUAAUGAACUUGGCUAUUUAUUUCGGGAGAACCUAGAUCGUCAAACGAAACACGCAACAAAGGUCGAUCAAAAUCUGAUUCAGGGCAUCUUUCGAACUCAGCUCACCCGUAGGGAUGGAAGCUCGGUGCCGAAAUUGAUGGAAUCUAUCUUGUCAGAUUCUAGGUACCUACCAAGGAUGACAGCAAGUUUUAUACUUCAGCAACUCAAGCCGUCACACUUUUCACGCCUCAAUGAGACUUGGAAGAUGGCUAUCAUACAGUGGGCAACUUGUAUUGCCGCUGUUCAGCGGGCUAAGCGACUCAUGAGGUUCCAGUCUAGCCCUGUAGACCUUCUUCGCGAACUCCAGAAUCCAGGACAUGACACCUGGGAGGCUCGGGAUCAUCCAGAAUGGUUGUUGCUGGAAUGUGAGAGCGAGAUCAUGAUUCGAGACGUGCAACAGCAGGUCACUCAAAUCAUGGUCAAUCCUCCAGAGGAGAAAAAUGCUGUUAUGCAGUUAAACAUGGGCGAGGGCAAAUCGACCGUGAUUGUCCCAAUGGUCGCUACCGCUUUAGCAGACGGAUGCAAAAUGGUCCGUGUCAUUGUUGCUAAGCCGCAGGCAAAGCAGAUGCAUCAGAUGCUUGUAUCGAAGCUCGCGGGCCUGCUUGAUCGACCAGUCUACCUCCUACCAUUCUCUAGAGACAUCAGAAUGGAUGCACAGCGAGCUGACUCGAUUCACCGGCUGGUCAAAGACUGCAUGGCUGAAGGUGGCAUCUUAAUGGUCCAGCCGGAGCAUUUAUUAUCCCUACAGCUUAUGGAAUUGGAAUGCCACCUGAACAGUAACAAAGGAGCAGCGGGCCGUCUCAGGAUGAUCCGAGACCUGUUUGAUCACGCAUCUCGUGAUAUCGUGGACGAAAGCGAUGAGAACUUCAGUGUCAAGUUCGAGCUCAUAUACACACUGGGACAGCAGUGCUCAAUCGAAGAUAGUCCCAGUCGAUGGUCAGUUGUGCAAGAGAUACUGGGACUCGUGGCCCAAGUCGCUGGUGAAGUCAAGCCGCUCUUUUCGAAGUCACUCGAGUUUGAUCAUCGGAGCGAAGGUCAAUACCCCACAGUUCGCUUUCUACAGGCUGAUGCUGGAGAGGAGGUCCUUCAUCGUGUCGCUUCACACAUUUGCAAGAAAGGCAUGUACGGAUUUCCGAUCAGUCACCAGCCUGAGACGUUCAGGAAGGCUGUCCAACGUUAUAUCACUCAAUGGGAGGUCACGCAAACGGAUAUCGACCUAGUCGAGACAAGCCGCUUUUUCGAUGGGGCAUCUGUCGGCCGCGUCUUACUCUUACGUGGCUUAUUUGCAGGUGGUAUUCUCGCCUUUGCCUUGGGCCAGAAGAGAUGGAGAGUCAACUAUGGUGUCGAUCCUCAACGUCAAUCAGGGACCAAGCUGGCCGUUCCUUUCCGCGCCAAAGACAGCCCUUCCCCACGAUCUGAGUUCAGCCAUCCAGAUGUUGUGAUUACGCUUACGUGUUUAACCUACUACUACGGUGGUUUGGAUCAGGAAUCCCUAUUGUCUGCCUUUCGUCUACUUGUAAAGUCGGACAAUGCGAGAACAGAAUACCAUGAGUGGACGAGAACCGCUCCGACCCUACCAUCGCCGCUGAAGACUCUAGAAGGCGUCAGCUUACGAGACCGAGCUCAGUUCCAAGACGAGAUAUAUCCGCACCUUCGCUACUCCAAGUUGGCAAUUGACUACUACCUGAGCCACCUUGUGUUCAGUAAGGAGGCAAAGGAAUUUCCGCACAAAUUGUCAGCAUCGGGCUGGGACCUUAGCAAGGUGAAGGAUCAUCCUACGACUGGAUUUAGUGGGACCAACGAUUCAAGAUACGUCCUUCCCACUGACAUCAAGCAACUCGACCUCCCACAACAGAAGCACACCAAUGCCCUCGUGCUUGGCUAUUUGUUGCAGCCGCAGAAUGGGGUCACUUUGGUACCGGAUGAAGCCAAAGGCGCCCCGUUCAACAGCCAGAUGCUUCUACAUAUGAUAUCGGGCAUGGAUACACAGACACGUGUAGUCUUGGAUGUUGGUGCUCAGGUGAUUGAUCUCACUAAUCUACAGUUUGCGAAACAGUGGCUGGCGCAGUAUCAAAAUGAGAACAACACCCAGGCAGUCAUCUGCUUCAAUGACGACGAUGAGAUCGUCGUGCUCGAUCGAUCUGGCAAGGUUGAGGAUCUUGAAAUGUCGCCAUUUUCCGAGCAGCUUGAUCGCUGCCUUGUCUUUCUAGAUGAGUCUCAUACCAGGGGAACAGAUCUCAAGCUUCCACCCAGCUACCGCGCAGUAGUCACGUUGGGUGUUGGUUUGACAAAGGAUCGAUUGGUUCAGGCAUGUAUGCGGAUGCGGAAACUUGGAAAGGGUCAAAGCGUACAGUUUUGCGUGCCGUGGGAGAUUGAGCAGAAGAUCGGCAAUCUAAAGUCUCAGCAAAAAGCUGGCAAUCGUGAAAUCACGAUAUCUGAUGUCCUCAAUUGGGUCAUUUCCGAAACGUGUCUCGACCUGCGCAAGGCGAUUCCUUUAUGGCUUAAUCAAGGUGUUCGAUUCAGCAGGCAGCAAGCUCUUUGGUCCCAAUAUCGAGUCGGUGAUGGUUCUCAAUGGGCUGGGCAAUUUCUGGAGGACGAAUCUCAGAGCUUGGACCAACGCUAUCGUCCGAGAAACGGCCGUGUUAACUUGGAUUCAUUCUUGGAAAAGGCUAAUAACUUGAAAAUCAACGUCCUUCGAGCUCGCUGCGACGAUUUUGGAUUAACUGAACUUCAUACAGCAUCAUUGCAGGAAGAGCAGGAACGAGAGCUUUCUCCCGAAACGGAGCAAGAACGACAAGUUGAGAAACCACCUGCGGCAGAACCGGAACCACAUUCCAUUAGUGAGCCUCUACGGGAUUGGAUACUGGAGGGUCCUGUCUCCACUUCGUUCAAGGCUGUGUGUGUGCCUGCCUUCCGCGUCCUGAAGAGCACAUCGGCAGCGCAGCAUUUCAAUCUCCAAAGCUUUCCCAGCAGCAUACGUGCCACGCCGGAUUUUGCCAAAACAGUCAAAGGGGCUUUCGGGAUUAACAACUAUUCGGACUCGUUCCAACGUCCGGUGCAAUGGAUCCUAGCCGGCAAGUAUCAAGCCAAAACUACCUACCUCGUGAUUAUCAGCCCAUUUGAGGCUCAACAACUUCUACCAUUGAUCCAACGAUCUCAAUUUGUGGGCUUACAUCUCUAUGCUCCAAGGGUAAAUCUUGCAUUCCAAUCCCUCGAUCAUUUACAGCUCUACCGUGUAUCAGGAAACCCCACUGCAGACGCUAUCCCAAGGAAGGCAGUGUUAUUUCUGAACCUCUUUUCAGGACAACUGUACCUAUCAUGCUUUAAAGACUAUACGAGAAUUUGCGAUCUGCUUGGCUUGGUUCGGGACGCUUUGGAUGAUGAUGUUGUUCUCGGCGCAGAUGGCUUUAUCCCACCAGGCACAGAAGGAGGCUUAGUGAACAAAUCGAAGUUUCGAAAAAGCCCUGUUCAAUUCUUGCGAGUGCUUAUAGAAAGGGUUCGACAGGAUUGUGGAUCGAUCGAAAAAACAGAUAUCGGGAGGAUCUUUGAAGGUGUCCGUUUGCUAGAGCGUGAUUUCAACGACAGGAUUUAG